GCCCCUCAAGGCCUGAUGCAACCCAGGGAGGCGAAGCCGGAGAAAAUCCAUUCUGUGGGUCUCUGUGUGUCCAGAAAGCUCACAAUGACCAUCCGUCCCCACCCACUAACGCAAGCCAGUCUUCCCCAGCACCCAAGACACUUCCUCUUCCCCUGUCUCUCCCUGACGUAUCUCCACCCCAGGCCCUGCGCACCUCCCCCACUCCCAUGAAUGACUUCACGACGGGCAGGAGAGCUGCCGCAGUGUCCAGGUGACUCAGACUCAGGUGCACAUCUGGAGCGAUCGAUCAGGCCAGGAAGAAAAGAGUGGGGAGAGGAGACCUCGGAAUCGGGUGUUGGGGGAGGGGGCGUGUGGCAAGUGCAGCCCGAGUGACUCAGGUCAUGUAUUCACACCUCAGCCAUUUCCGCCUCCUCCAAGCCACAGCCUGCAACGAGGGGAAGCUAGGGUUUGUGGUUCCUGAUUCAUCUGGGGAGAAGCCGUAGGAGUGAGGAUAAGACUGACUAGUGGAAACCCUGGCUUCCCAUUUCCACGACAUUAACGCUUUGCUGUGGAUGAAAGCUCUGGGAUUUGGUGGCUCCAACGCCCAUAUCCUUGCCUGUGGUUCUUCUUGUACUGUGGUCACACUGUCAGUCACAGUGUGACUGACUCACUAAGGACAUAGGCUGCAGAAUUUCUAGAGCCUGCAUGGGUAGCAGGAUCCCUUUUGUCCCUGGUUGAGCGAUUUGGGAAGGUGUAUUUGAAACAGCGAGCUUAAUGACUGGUGGUUGAAGAAAGCUGGUGGAAGGGGGCAGAGGCUACUAGAAACCAGAGCAGAGAAACAGGCUUGAUGAAGGAUGGUCAAGAUGCUGCCCUACCGCUGAAAGCUUGAGGCGGCCGAAGGCGAAAAGAGGACCCGGAAGUAGGGAGCAACCUUCCGAGCACGUGAUGGGAGACCCAGCGGUGAUGUCACGUGACCUGACAAGCUGCUCUUCUACCUUGCGGCGAGCUCAGCUGCUCUUAAAGACUUUCAUCUGUUCUCUUGAAGCGAACCCCGAACACACGCUGACUUUGGGCCCUUUGGGGAGCCCUAAGUCAAUGCUAUGGGAAGCCGCGCGGGCUCGUGGAGGCGCCUUGAGGAUUCCGAGAGGGAGGAGACCGACCCAGAGCCCCGGGCCCCUCCGUUGGAUGGUCCGAGUGCCCACUGGAAAAAUGCGGUGGGCUUCUGGAUCCUGGGUCUUUGCAAUAAUUUCUCAUACGUGGUCAUGCUGAGUGCCGCCCAUGACAUCCUGAAGCAGGAGCAGGAGUCUGGAAACCAGAGCCACGUGGAGCCAGGCCCAACACCCGUGCCCCACAACAGCUCCUCUCGAUUUGAUUGCAACUCAAUCUCCACAGCCGCAGUGCUCCUGGCAGACAUCCUUCCCACCCUCAUCAUCAAACUCCUGGCUCCUCUUGGCCUUCAUUUGCUGCCCUACAGCCCCCGGGUGCUCGUCAGUGGAGUUUGUUCUGCUGGAAGCUUUAUCCUCGUUGCCUUUUCUCAGUCAGUGGGGUUAAGCCUGUGUGGAGUGGUUUUGGCCAGCAUCUCAUCAGGUCUAGGAGAGGUCACCUUCCUCUCACUCACAGCCUUCUACCCCAGUGCCGUGAUCUCCUGGUGGUCCUCGGGGACUGGGGGUGCAGGGCUCCUCGGAUCACUGUCUUACCUGGGACUCACCCAGGCAGGCCUCUCCCCACAGCACACCCUGCUGUCUAUGUUGGGGAUCCCCGUUCUGCUGCUAGGCAGCUAUUUCUUGUUGCUCACAUCUCCUGAACCCCAGGACCCUGGAGGGAUAGAUGAGGCAGAGACUGCUGCCCGGCAGCCUCUCAUCGGCACUGAGUCCCCACAGUCAAAGUCAGGUUCCAGCUGGGACCUCUCCCUCCAGGAAAGGUGGACCGUGUUCAAGGGCCUCUUGCGAUACAUCAUCCCCCUGGUGCUGGUCUACUUUGCGGAAUACUUUAUCAACCAGGGGCUUUUUGAGCUCCUGUUUUUCCGGAACACAUCCCUUAGUCACGCUCAGCAGUACCGAUGGUACCAGAUGCUGUACCAGGCCGGCGUGUUCGCCUCCCGCUCUUCUCUCCAGUGCUGUCGAAUCCGCUUCACCUGGGUCCUAGCCCUGCUGCAGUGCCUCAACCUGGCCUUCCUGCUGGCAGAUGUGUGUUUGAGCUUCCUGCCCAGCAUCUACCUCAUCUUCGUCCUCAUUGUGUACGAAGGGCUCCUGGGCGGGGCUGCCUAUGUGAACACCUUUAACAACAUUGCGCUGGAGACCAGUGACAAGCACCGAGAGUUUGCCAUGGAAGCUGCCUGUAUUUCUGACACCUUGGGAAUCUCCAUAUCAGGGGUCCUGGCCUUGCCUCUGCAUGACUUCCUCUGCCGCCUCCCUUGACAUGGGUUGCUCCUCACACACUGACCUGCCCGUGAGCAGGUGGCACAUCUGUGAGCUCCGCCACAGGCCUUCCCUGCCAGGCUAGGGAGUGGGAAGAGCUACGGUCCUGCCCCGCUUCACAAGGAGCCCCCAUUGGUUCCCACUCCCGAGCUGGUCUCGGGGAGUUUUCUCCCAGCCUUUAGCCCUUCUAAUAAAUGCUUAUUUUAUCAGUUUA